CACACAAAAGCAAUAAAGAGAAAGAAAAGCAAAAAAAAAAGCAAAAACACAAACACGAACACAGUCAGUAGAAAUGUAUCAAGAUCCCCGGCAAGGCGUUGGAGGCGGUGGUGGAUCUGCGCCACACGGAAUCAUACUGGUCGUCGUCGUUGCACUGGUAGUGCUCGUUCCGUUCUUCAUCGGAGACGGUGGUGAAGCCAUUACGGAUGCGAUCGCAGAGCUUCUGAGUCCGGUGGGACUUCUGUUGCUUCCCAUCAUCCUCCUCCUCAUCAUCCAGUUCCUCUCCUCGGAACGCGGUUCCUUCGUCUCGGCCAUUUUCUCAACCGGGGAACCCGACUCCAUUCACCGGGUUAGCGGAUCUCCCGUCGGCGUCGCUCUCUUCCUCGUACUUAUCUUGUUCUUACUCUACAACCGCUUCUCCAUCUUCGGUGGAGAUGAUGACUCCGAUGACUGAUGCGACGUCACGUCGUGUUUUCAGAUCUAGUUUUUUUCCCUCUUUUUAAUUCUUUUUUGGAAAAAAAAAAAUAUGAAAUAAAUUUAUAUUUUUAAUUCGAUUUUUCUAUAAAAAAAAUUGUUUUUCGUUUUAUUUUGUUUGACAGUUGAAGUCAAACAACUACUGUACACACAGCAGUGUUUCCAUGUAAUGUAGGUAUUGCACGUGAGACUCACGUGUCAUUGCACUGAUCAGGUUUGUAUUAUG